CACAGUAUGGAGUGUCCAAGUCAGGGGCGUCUUCUCUACCUCCGCCAACAGCAUUGGCUGAAGUGGGAGAGGGCGAGACCUUUUUCGCUCCUGACCAAUCACUUAUUCACAGGACUGGCGUGUGAGGGGCGGAAUCAGGUGUUGGUUCGCGUGACUGGCUGGAAAAAAUAGUCCUACCCACCAAUGAGGAAGCCAGUCAGGAUGGAGGGCGAGGCCUGGCAGCUGUAGUGCUUCUGAGCAGUAGAGGCGCAGGGUGCGGAGCUAGGGAGGCCGAGAGCCAUGGCGGCGGUGGUGGCGGCGGCGGCAGUGCGAGCCCGGAUCCUGCAGGUUUCUUCCAAAGUGAAAUCCCCCUGGUAUUCAGCAUCUCCCUUCUCUUCGUCAGUGCCAACUGUAAAGCUCUUCAUUGAUGGGAAAUUUGUUGAAUCCAAAAGUGACAAAUGGAUCGAUAUCCACAACCCAGCCACCAAUGAGGUAAUUGGUCGGGUCCCUCAGGCCACCAAGGCAGAAAUGGAUGCAGCCAUUGUUUCCUGCAAACGUGCUUUUCCUGCAUGGGCAGACACUUCAAUAUUAAGCCGUCAGCAGGUCUUGCUCCGCUAUCAACAACUUAUUAAAGAAAACUUGAAAGAAAUUGCCAAGUUAAUCACAUUGGAACAAGGGAAGACCCUAGCUGAUGCUGAAGGAGAUGUAUUUCGAGGCCUUCAGGUGGUUGAGCAUGCCUGUAGUGUGACAUCCCUCAUGAUGGGAGAGACCAUGCCAUCCAUCACCAAAGACAUGGACCUUUAUUCCUAUCGUCUGCCUCUGGGAGUGUGUGCAGGCAUUGCUCCAUUCAAUUUUCCUGCCAUGAUCCCCCUUUGGAUGUUUCCCAUGGCGAUGGUGUGUGGAAAUACCUUCCUAAUGAAACCAUCCGAGCGAGUCCCUGGAGCAACUAUACUUCUUGCUAAGUUGCUCCAGGAUUCUGGUGCCCCUGAUGGAACAUUAAAUAUCAUCCAUGGACAACAUGAAGCUGUAAAUUUUAUUUGCGAUCAUCCGGACAUUAAAGCAAUCAGCUUUGUGGGAUCCAACCAGGCAGGAGAGUAUAUCUUCGAGAGAGGAUCAAGACAUGGCAAGAGGGUUCAAGCCAAUAUGGGAGCCAAGAACCAUGGGGUAGUCAUGCCAGAUGCCAAUAAGGAAAAUACCCUGAACCAGCUGGUUGGGGCAGCAUUUGGAGCUGCUGGUCAGCGCUGCAUGGCUCUUUCAACAGCAAUCCUUGUGGGAGAAGCUAGGAAGUGGCUGCCAGAGCUGGUGGAGCGUGCCAAAAACCUGAGAGUCAAUGCAGGAGAUCAGCCAGGAGCUGAUCUUGGCCCUCUGAUCACUCCCCAGGCCAAAGAGCGAGUCUGUAAUCUGAUUGAUAGUGGAACAAAGGAGGGAGCUUCCAUCCUUCUUGAUGGACGAAAAAUUAAAGUGAAAGGCUAUGAAAAUGGCAACUUCGUUGGACCAACUAUCAUCUCGAAUGUCAAGCCAAAUAUGACCUGUUACAAAGAGGAGAUUUUUGGUCCAGUUCUUGUGGUUCUGGAGACAGAAACAUUGGAUGAAGCCAUCCAGAUUGUAAACAACAACCCAUAUGGAAAUGGAACUGCUAUUUUCACCACCAAUGGAGCCACUGCUCGGAAAUAUGCCCACCUGGUGGACGUUGGACAGGUGGGAGUGAAUGUUCCCAUUCCAGUGCCUUUGCCAAUGUUCUCAUUCACCGGCUCUCGAUCCUCCUUCAGAGGAGACACGAAUUUCUAUGGCAAACAGGGCAUCCAAUUCUACACUCAGUUAAAGACCAUUACUUCUCAAUGGAAAGAAGAAGAUGCUACACUUUCCUCACCUGCUGUCGUCAUGCCUACCAUGGGCCGUUAGAAACAAGUUUGUUUUAAGACUCAGUCCAUCCUGAGUAAUCUCCCUUUAUUUUUGACCAGAUUUAUUUUUCAGCUUUGCUCAGAUCAGAUCUAUGGGACUGGAAUACUAACUAAAAUCUUCCUCAGGACUAUUAGCCCCUGCAAAGUUUCUGUAGGGAGCUGCCUAGUGUAAUCUGAAACCAGAUUUUUCACUUACUCUUCAUACUUCUAUUUUUGAGGUAACUGUUGUAACCAUGAAAUUCUUAUCUGAAAUGAGUGCUUAAACCUGAUUUCUAAAAAUUAUCCCCUUUUCUGAUGACUCAAAGGGGAGAAAAGUCAGUGUAUGUAAAGAAAAUGUUCUGGCCAGACACGGUGGCUCAUGCCUAUAAUCCCAGCGUUUUGGGAGGCGAAGGUGGGCAGAUUGCUUGAGCCCAGGAGUUCAAGACCAGCCUGGGCAACAUGGUGAAACCCUGUCUCUAUUUAAAAAAUUGAAAAAGUAAAAAAAAAAAAAAAAAUUGAAAAGAUGAUGUUCCAGUAAUUGCAAGAACUCUUAGAUGGGGAAAGGGGAAACAGGAUAGAAAUAACUCACUGCUUUUGGUUGAUCCUUUAACACAGCCCUACAUAAAUGCCACUGGGAGAGACCUCCUACAAAGUUUUCUUGUACCCCUCUUUUAUCCAACAAUAUACAAUAUACAAGAUAUAAUCCAUUUUUAUGUAUCCCAAAUUUAUGGCAACAGCUUCUUUCUUUUCUGCUCAAUGCCACUUUGUUUCCUAGUAAUUCAGGACCAUUAUUUAAUUCUGUCAUUGUCACUGCUCCUGCUUCUUAAGAUCAUUUCUCAAGGAUACCUCAGUAAGCAAUGGCUAAGUCAACUUUUUGUUUUAUGUGCUAAGUAUUAAGUUUCAGGGUUCUCUUCAGCAAUCAUUAAUGCUUCAGCCAUUAAUUCAGAUGCAAAUAAUUUGAAAAUUAUUUCAAAAGUAAAAUAGGUCCAGAAAUCAAGGAGUGUUCCAACCAUGAAAAUGGGUAAGACACCUGCCUUAAGCAAAUCUAACCUGAUAUUACUUGUUUAUAUAUUCUUUUCUCUUGCCUGUAUUUCUCAUUAGUGAUACUUUUUAAUGAAAGAACUCUUCAUGUAGAGCAAUUGACUGGGACUAAGGAAUUUCAAAGCUUUACAUGACAUAAAGUGGUUUAAAAAUAUGCUUUGACAGUCUUCUGCCAGUAGUUUAAGUAUCUUUAUGCUUUUUUUUUUUGAGCCGGAGUUUCACUCUUGUCGCUUAGUCUCGAGUGCAAUGGUGUGAUCUCAGCUCACUGCAAUCUCCACUUCCCAGAUUCAAGCAAUUCUCCUGCCUCAGCCUCCUAAAUAGCUGGGAUUAUAGGCAUGUGCUACCACACGUGGCUAAUUUUGUAGUUUUAGUAGAGACAUGGUUUCUUCAUGUUGGUUGGGCUGGUCUCACAAACUCCCAACCUCAGGUGACCCGCCUACUUCGGCCUCCCAAAGUGCUGAGAUUACAGGCAUGGGCCAGCGAAACCAGCCACCUUUAUGCUUUUUGUUUCUUUGAUAUAUUUAAACUUAAGGUCAGAACAGAAAUUCAUGCGCUGAACAGAAUGGAUUCUUUCUGCAGUACCAUCCCAGUUGAAUCUUCUGUUUUCCUGCUUCCUUACUAGUCACUUGAAUAGUGCUAACCUACUCUAUGGAAGUUAUUUGGUGAAUUAGGAUGAUUAAAAAAAGACCUUGAAAAUAUUGUGUAAUCUGUGGAUUUGAGGCUUAUUACUACCACCUGACUGGAUAGAAUAUCAAAACCUUCAAUCAUUUAAGGUGACUGAAACUUGUGUAAAAUACAUGAUGACCCUACUGGGUCUUUUUUUUUUUUUCUUUCCUAAAGAUGAGGCAAUAGAAAUUUAUAAUUUGAGACUAUACUACCCCUUGUUUUAGCUCUUAUCACAGCUGGCAACUGGUAGUGAUAUUUAAUCCAAUCCAACAACUAUAAGCUGGAUUGAAUCAAAGGUCAUUAUUGUCUAAAUUCCAAAUGGAAUUAAAUAUAGUCACAGAGACUCCUAACAUUUUCCUUACAUUUAAGGAAAAUCACUUCUAAAAAAAACACACACUAAUCAGAAUUGUGCUGCUGUAAUUAGAAACAACUUGUCUGGCCAGCUAUUUGCUACUCAGAGAGUUUCUUAUUUCUUAGAAGAAAAAAAAAAUCUCAUCAGUUAUAUUCAUGUGAUGCAGCUAAAAAGUCAGUAUUUUAUUUUCUUUGUGCUCUAAUGUGGCUUUAUUUGAAAUUUCUCAAGAUUCUACAUUGUACUAAUAGAUUAUGAAUAACAAAUUAUAAAUAAAAAACUCUUAAAAGAGAAAAA